AGCAUUAUCAAGUGCUGACGAAGCAACCGUGGUAUUAAAGUCAACAUUACAUAAAAAUCUAGUUCAUAAAUUUGCGGAAAAUCUCACCGGCCAAGGAUUAGUAUUCGCGCCAGUUGAUAUAUGGCGUCGAAAGCGCAAAAUCCUCGUACCAUCAUUCGCACCAAAACAUGUCAAUAAAUUUAAAGCUGUUUUUGAGGCACAUAAUAAGACUUUAGUUGAAGAAUUUAAAUCUAAAAUUGGAAAAGGGAACUUUUCUUGUUGGGAUGCCGUUGUUAAUUAUACGUUGGAUUCUGUUUGUGAGACAGUGUACGGAAUAAACGUGGACUUGCAGCGGCAGCCGUAUCAUAUAUUUUUAAAUGCUUUUGAGGAAUAUACUAGAAAUUUCAUGUCUCGCGUAUUUCAACCUUGGUUUUACAGUGACAUUAUUUACAAAUUAACGCCGUUGUUUACGAGGCAGGAGCAAUUGAAGAAAAUAAUUCACGGAUUCAUAGACGACCUCAUUUGCAAAAAGAAAGAGCUGAUUAGAGAAGUGGAUGGAAAUGAAGCAGAGACUAAUGACCCUCAUAUCAAGCUUAAUUUUAAGACAUUCGUAGAGUUAAUGAUCGAGAAUUCUAAGGAUGAUGCGUAUACACAGGAAGAACUACGGGAUGAAUCACUUGUACUGCUGGGAGCCGCUAGUGAUACCUCCGCUGUUGGGAUUUGCUAUACAAUUUUAUUGUUGUCCCAACAUACUGAUGUACAAGAAAGAGUUUACAAAGAAAUAAAAGAAGUUAUUGGUGAUUCAAACAAUCCUCUACAAUUGAGUGAUUUAGUCAAUUUGAAAUAUACGAAAGCAGUAAUUAAUGAAACAUUAAGACUUUAUCCACCAGCUCCCUUUAUUUUACGAUCUUGUAAAGAGGAUCUGAAACUUCCUUCUGGUAUAACUUUACCCAAAGGUGCUCACGUAAUUAUCAAUAUCUGGGGCAUACACCACAAUUCUCAGCACUGGGGCGAAGAUGUGAAUGAUUUUAAUCCUGAUCGUUUUAUGUCUGAACAAAUACCAAAGGCUUUCAUGCCAUUCAGUUAUGGCCAACGGAAUUGUAUUGGUCAACAGUAUGCGAUGAUGUCGCUAACAACAACGUUGGUGACUCUCUUGCGACAUUACCGUUUCACUCCAGCCACAAGUUUCACAUAUGACAAAAACAAUCCACUUCGACUUUCCUUCGAUGUUAUGUUGAAACAUAUCGAUCGUUAUCCAGUUCAAAUAGAAGAUCGGGAUAAACUGUAAACGAAAAUAUAUCAAUGAAGUCGCAAAAUAAUCAUGUAAUGGACUAUUUAUAUGUAAUAAA